AUGGAGGACGAAGCUAUACCUUUACCGUUCCGUGCACGGUUGCAGGGUUACUUCCGUAGCGGAUAUGACCGCGGACAUGCGGUGCCCGCCGCGGACGCGGAGAAUUCGCAAUCGGCGAUGGACGAGACGUUCCUUCUGUCGAACAUUGCACCACAAGUCGGCGCAGGGCCCAACCGUUAUUGCUGGUGCCGCCGUCUGACCGGCAACUUCUCCGACGUCUCCGUGUUCGCGGUCCCAUUACGCCUUCCCCACCGUGACCCCGACGGAAAGAACAGAGUCACGUACGAAGUCAUCGGCAGCCCGCCGAACAUCAGCGCACCGACACACUUCGCGAAGGUCGUUCUCCCCUCGCAACCGUCCUCGCCGUCUACACCACACCUCCAGGAGAUCUCAACGGGCGCAUUUGUAUUGCCCAAGUCUCGAAGUCCCAUGCUGGGCGGCGGCUGGGAACAGCUCGCGCCAGCGCAAUGUGCCAGGAGCAUUUCGGCGCAGAUAACGUCGGUCAGGGUUAUCCCAAGCCCCCUCCCAAUCGCUCUCCUUGGCACCGGCGAUGAGGGUGAGACAAUUGCGAGAUGCGAGCUUCGCAACGACGACCUUCACGGCGUCGCCGCGAUCAAGGCUUAA